GAACUUGUCAACUAAUUUCUUUUCCGGUGAAAUCCCUGACCUUGGAGUACUAAGCACCUUCGGGAACAAUGCGUUUAUUGGGAACUUAGAUCUUUGUGGGCGGCAAGUUCAGAAACCAUGUCGGACAUCACUUGGUUUUCCAGUGGUGCUACCACAUGCAGAAAGUGAUGAAGCUGCAGUUCCUGCUAAAAGAUCUUCACAUUAUGUGAAGUGGGUGUUAGUUGGUGCAAUAACAAUAAUGGGGCUUGCACUUGUUAUAACUCUUUCGUUACUAUGGAUUUGCUUGCUAUCAAAGAAGGAAAGAGCUGCUAGAAAAUACAUAGAAGUUAAGGAUCAAGUCAACCCAGAAUCAAGUAGGAAGGAUGAUGGUACAAAACUUAUCACCUUCCAUGGUGAUCUGCCAUACACAUCAUUUGAGAUCAUAGAAAAGUUGGAGUCUCUCGACGAAGAUGAUGUGGUAGGAUCUGGAGGAUUUGGUACCGUAUAUAGAAUGGUGAUGAAUGAUUGUGGUACAUUUGCUGUUAAGAGGAUUGAUAGAAGCCGUGAAGGUUCUGAUCAGGGUUUUGAGAGGGAACUAGAGAUAUUGGGUAGCAUCAAGCACAUAAAUCUAGUUAACCUGCGUGGUUACUGCAGACUUCCUUCUACUAAGCUUCUAAUCUACGACUAUUUGGCCAUGGGAAGCUUAGAUGAUCUCUUGCAUGAAAACACUGAACAAUCACUGAAAUGGAGUACACGCCUAAAGAUUGCUCUUGGUUCUGCCCGGGGUUUGGCUUACUUGCACCACGACUGCUGCCCGAAAAUUGUGCACCGCGACAUAAAAUCCAGCAACAUCCUUCUUGAUGAGAACAUGGAGCCUCGUGUCUCUGAUUUUGGUCUUGCAAAGCUUUUGGUUGAUGAAGAGGCCCAUGUUACCACAGUGGUUGCAGGCACCUUUGGUUAUCUGGCACCAGAGUAUCUACAAAGUGGAAGAGCGACUGAGAAGUCAGAUGUGUAUAGUUUUGGAGUUCUGUUGCUAGAACUUGUAACUGGAAAGAGACCAACAGAUCCUUCAUUUGCAAGGAGAGGAGUAAAUGUUGUUGGUUGGAUGAACACGUUCCGGAAAGAAAAUAGAUUGGAGGACGUAGUAGACAAAAGAUGUAGUGAUUCAGUAGAUGCAGAAUCUGUGGAGGUAAUUCUUGAACUAGCAGCAAGUUGCACUGAUGCAAAUGCGGAUGAACGUCCAUCAAUGAACCAAGUGUUACAGAUACUGGAACAAGAGGUCAUGUCUCCCUGCCCAAGUGAUUUUUAUGAAUCACACUCAGAUCACUGAUAAAUGACUCAACCAACUUCAAGAUGCUAUGCUAACA